AUGUCGCCAAAUCGCAAGUGCCAGUACAUCAAAUACAACGGCAAUCGCCGGCCGAGACUCGCUCUUGGUGACAUUCUCUAUGACUUAAAUAAACCGGACGAACCGCUCUUCAUGACGGGCGCACAGGAACGGGGUAGCUUCGAUGCCCUGUGUGCGUACAGGCAGCCUUGCGACUAUCCAGACAUUGAGACGAGAACAGGCCCGGAGUACUUCAAGUCUCUUCCGGAUCUCUCGAGCCCUUCCGAGUUCAAAAAGAUGUGCCGUCAGCUCGACCUGACCAAUAUUCUCAGGAAGCAGCCAAAUCCCGUGAGCGAGCCUGACGACGACAAGAAGAAAAGGUACUACAUCUCCAACUACCGCGGCCAGCUGCGGAAGCACGUGGCGAGAAAUGUGAUGAAGAGGGAGGAGAUCCAAUCGUACCUUCAGGGUCACCCAAACCGCCAUCCAACGAUAUACAUCGUCACUGGCCUUGCCUUCCUCUUGAACCCAAAUUCUAGCCUUCGACUCGCCGACUCCCGGGCACUCGAUGUCGUUUCCGACGACGACGGAGUCAUGCUCAAUAGCCGCAAGGCUUAUUCCGUCCUCUGGACAAACCACGACUCCUUCAAAGUCGACGCCUACAAGGUUAGCGCCAUUUACAUCUCCAAACGCUCCUUAGGGCAGCCCCGGCAGGACUCCAUAUUCGCUCCCAACGCCUUUAUGAGUCUCGACAGGUCAGGAUUGGAAGCCGAUUCUUCCAUCGACCUCCGGAUCGAGGACAUUGAAGUCGUAGAGACCCAAAUUCAGCUCGCUGAUGAUGCGGAAUGGGUGGAGACGGAACUCGACGAUAGACGUGGCCGGAUUGAGUUUGUCCAUUUGCCUUGA